UUGGGAUCAUACGCCAUAACACCAAAAGCCUUUUUUGUGUGUGCGAAUACACACAUUAUCAUCAAAUACAAAAAUGUGCAUGUGAGUGCGUGUUUCCCAGUUCUACAGUCCACUCUCAACUUCUUACUGAAUGAAUGCUUCCACCCCUUCUCAUCAUUCAUUGAGUAAGUUUCAGGCACUCAAUUGCAUUCAUACAUUUGGCGCGAACACAACAGGCUUAGAGGUAGAGUUUUUUGGGAACUUGGCUUGAUGAUGGGUGGAGUUUAUGGUGUAACCGAUAUUAUGUUCUCAUUUGCCAGAGACAACAGAUUGACAUGAUUUUGUGACUUAUCCUGAGGUGUCAACAUGGCUAAAUCACUGGUGCCCCUGGAUAAAGUUCCAACACAAUUAUACCGCUACACUAACCGCAGCAUCUUCAUCGGCCGAUCACAUAACUUAGAGCCUCUUCCCCGACAUUACAAGUGCCCAGAACAGCCAUUACAUGCUGGAAUUAAUAUAAAGAAAUCAUUCUUUAUGGGCCCACCUACUUUCCGAGACUCGCAUCGGCUAGUUUCUGCACUGGAAUCAGAUGCUUCUCAACCCACGCAACAGGGAUCUGAGAACAUGAAGAGGGAAAAAUUUGAGCAAUGGGACUCACUAAGUGCAAAGUUUGCUGGAGCUUCGAAUCUACCAUUCUUGUUGUUGCAACUACCUCAGAUCAUACUAAAUGCUCGCAAUCUUUUGGCAGGGAACAAUAUGGCACUAUUUGCUGUCCCAUGGCUGGGGAUGUUCACUGGAUUACUUGGAAACCUGUCUUUGCUGUCAUACUUCAUAAAGAAGAGGGAAACUGAGGUAGUGGUGGUGCAAACACUAGGAGUUGUAUCCAUAUUUAUUGUAAUCACACAGCUGGCAAUGGCUGGAGCUAUGCCUCUUCCUCAAUAUGUUGCCACUUCCAUAGUUGUUUUCUUGGGCCUUGUUUUGAAUUUCAUGAAUUAUUUCUAUCUGCUAAACCCUGCAAUCUGGCGUCUUUGGGAAGAUUUCAUUACCAUUGCUGGCCUCUCAGCACUUCCCCAAGUGAUGUGGUCGACUUUCAUUCCUUAUGUACCCAACAGUAUUUUGCCUGGACUGACUGCUUUCAUCAUUGCCGUGCUAGCUGUUGUUACGGCACGGAUGGGCAAACUCUCAGAUAGAGCUACCAAAAUUGUUGGUUCAUUAUCUGGUUGGACAGCCACACUUCUUUUUAUGUGGAUGCCGGUGGCACAAACGUGGACAAACCUCCUGAAUCCUGAUAAUAUCAAAGGUCUAUCUGCAAUCUCAAUGUUGCUUGCAAUGAUAGGCAAUGGACUGAUGAUUCCCCGUGCGCUCUUUACUCGAGAUCUGAUGUGGUUUACGGGGUCAAGUUGGGCAUGCGUCUUCUAUGGAUGGGGCAACCUGCUCUGCUUGUACUGUUUCAAGUGCAUUGGCAAGGAGUUCUUCUGGAGUGCCACAGCAGGCUUUGUAGCUUGGAUAGGAAUCACAUUAUGGAGGGAUGCUGAAGUGUAUGGUCACUCUUCUCCCUUGACAUCUUUGAAGGAACUGGUUUCGGGACAUUAACAGUUCGCUUCUCCACAUCAUCCACCAUGUUGCUUGCUGCUUUCAAAGAUGAGGCUGAAAUGCUAUGCCCCUGAAUAUCAAGAAUGCUAUAGGACUUUGAAUUUGAUAGAGUCGGCUUCUUUAAGCUUGAGGGUGAUCGUAAUGCGCCAUUGUCAAGAGCCUUUCCAGAGAAUGAGAUCUGUUUGUAAUUUGUAGUGAUCUGCAUGCAGAAACCGAACGGACAUCAUGGAAGAAUCUGCUGGUUCAAAAUAUAUGCAUUAUCAUCUUAUUUGUCUCCUUCCUCAAUGGUAAUUACAGCAGUAAAUGACCUAUCCAACUGAUCAUAUCCUGUUGGCAAAAGGAAGAUAGAAACUAGUUACAUUAGGAUGCCUCAACUCCUUCAGAAUGAAUAUUUCCAAAUUCUCUAGGUCAGAAAGAGAUGAUGGGAUGGACUCGAUGUCCUCAAAAACUGCUACAGGACCUCGGAUCAAGUAGCAAUUUUAUUGCGUUCCCCAAAGAGCUAGCCAUACUUAUCGAAUCCAUACCCAACACUCCAAGAUGGCAAGAUGUCAGAGAUGAUGGAUAUCCUAAGGGCAUCUUGAUUUUUAUCAGUGGUGGCAGAGCGCAUCGGAGAUCAGUAUGAUCAGAGUUCACUCACUUGGAUUCUUGAAAUUUGAUUCUUUAUCUGUUUCUUUUCGCCCUCCCUUCCCCACAAACAAAGAACGGAAUAAGGUGCGAUAAAUUGGAGCAUGAUUACCUUCAAGAUCCACAUGAGUAAACCCCAAGUAUUAACAUUUAUAAACUUUUAUUCAAAAUCCCAUUCGUUUAUUCAAAAUCAAAUUUGGGUCUCAAGUAUUAACAUUGAACUAGAAUGGUUCCAAAC